AUGGAUGGCACAGUUGCUCUAGAUGCUGAGGAUCAUCGCCACAGCGCCUCAAGAGAUACGAGAGCAGGGCCAGCCGGCUCUCACUGUCUCUUGGACGAUGGGCUUGGUACAAAGACGAGAUCAUUUGCUGAGCAGACAUCCGCAGAUUUGAGUCCUAUUUAUCGCUACACUCCCAUUCCUACGCUGAUCCUCAACCAAGAUCUGUUCGUUGUGGAGGUUUCAGAUAGUCAUUGUACCUUUUCAGGCCAAUCUAGGGAAGACAUACUGGGUACUAUCGCCGGCGACCUUCCGGCCUAUGCUAUCCCUGCGCCAGACACCCUUUCUCUUUACGGCGCCCUUAGCGCAGCCAUCUCCUCAAAGAAAAUCCAGAUGAUCGAGAACAUACGCGUUGAGAACUCAAAAUCCGCUUAUCAGCUUCGCAUCACACCGAUAUUCAAAGAUUCAACUUUGAUCUAUGUUGUCUUGGAAGCUCAGAAUACCUCAGAGGAUCACUGGGAAACUUCUGAUGAAAAUCACGCUUACGUGAACGAAACGUACAGAAUUCUGGUCGAUACUGUUCAAGAUUAUGCCAUAUUUAUGCUUGAUACUCAUGGCCAUAUCGCUACCUGGAAUCGUGGCGCUGAAGUGCUCAAGGGAUACGCUCCCUCAGAAAUCAUUGGCAAACACUUCUCAUUAUUCUACAGUCCCGAUGACCGUAGCGCGGAUAAGCCAGCUAAGGGGCUGGCCAUAGCUCUGCAGAAAGGCCGAAUGGAAGCUGAGGGCUGGCGGUAUCGACGAGAUGGAUCUCGAUUUUGGGCUAACGUUAUGAUUACUCCAAUCCAUCAGUUUGGCCAACACGUUGGAUUUGUCAAGGUGACCCGUGACUUGACGGAACGCAAGGCGACGGAAACCCGUAUGAUCGCAGCCUUUGAGGAAUCAUCUAAGACGAAAACCGAUUUUCUUGCAAAUAUGAGUCAUGAGAUUCGGACCCCAAUGAACGGCAUGCAGCUCGCUCUCACAAUGUUGAAAGACACCGAUCUCACGAACCAGCAGCUGGAGUAUACCUCCAUCAUUGAGGACUCAACGACAACUUUACUCCAGAUCAUUAAUGAUGUUCUUGAUUACUCGAAGCUCUCCUCUGGAUCCUUUUCCUUACUUUCUGAUAUCGUGGAUAUCAAAAGUAUUGUCGGUGCUGUUAUGCGUAACUGCAGGUCUCUCUUGAGACCAGAAGUCGAGCUGGCAUUAUCGACCCCGGCGAACUUUCCACAAGCCUUGCGAGGUGAUCCCCUGCGAUAUCGCCAGGUUGUACAGAACAUGCUGGGCAACGCCGUCAAGUUCACGGAAGCUGGCCAUAUUCGAAUAUCUCUAUCAUAUGCGUCUGACGAAUCCGACUCUCAAGCAUACACAGUCAGGACUGAAAUCGAAGACACGGGCCUUGGAGUUCCGAAUUUUGCUAUUAACACUCUUUUUAUGCCUUUCACGCGUUAUGCGGAUUCCGCAUCCAAGAGAUACCAAGGGACAGGCCUUGGGCUUUCUAUCUGCAAGAGUCUGGCGGAACUUAUGGACGGCAUGGUGGGCUAUCGGCCAGGCCUCCAUGGAAAAGGCAGCGUGUUUUGGUUCACAGCCAGAAUGGGCCGCAUCGACUCAGUGUCAUCAAAUGAGAAACGCCGAACAUCGUCCACCGAUGGGGUGAGAACUGUCAUGGACAAAUUACGGGAAGUCGCCCCACAGAGGCACAUUUUGAUGGUCGAGGACAACCUUGUUAACAGCACCGUGAUGCUCAAGCUUCUUCAAAGCAUGGGUUUUGAGCGCGUCGAUCUAGCCUGGAACGGUGCGGAAGCUGUACGACUAGUGAAGCAAAAACCGUUGACAUACAGUAUUAUCCUCAUGGAUAUCAGUAUGCCAGUCAUGGAUGGCUUGGAAGCCACGUCAUGUAUUCGGGAAAUGAACAAUAACAUGCCGAUUCUGGCGCUUACGGCUAAUGCACUGAAGGGCGACUGCGAGACAUACCUUGCUCGGGGGAUGAAUGACUAUAUCGGGAAACCUGUGCACAGGGAUCAGUUGGUGCGCGUGCUUUGGAAAUGGAUAGGGACUGAUUGA